AGUCGAGCUUCAAGAUCUGCCAGAGAGCUCGUCCUCGACUCCAGACAAUUCACGGCCGACCACACCGGCACUCACCGCAGCCCACAGCUUACGAGUCGACCCAACUGGUGUUUUCCCUGAGCCUGCAUUGCGGUUCCGGUCAAGAGCGAUCAGACGCGCCGACUCGUUCGAGAGCAGUACCUCGUGCAGCACGCACAGCCGAAGCAGCAGUCGCAGCAGCACGCUCAGCCGUGGCAGCUGUGAUGAGGUAGUGCGGAAGACGCGGCCGACAAACAGGCGACGUGAGAGCGACUAUUGCUGGAGAGAGUACUGGGAUUGAGCGCAGGCGGGUUCAUUUUUCACAACCAACCCAACGAAAACAAGAAAACAAUGGCAACACCACCACCAUCGCGAGGGCCCAGGGUGAGGGGCGCCCCUCGAGGACGCCCGCUCGCUCCUCCGCCGCCUGCGACCCCCCUCAAGGCACCAGCCUCCAAUAUCAAGCGCGUCAUCUGGACCGCCGCUUUCGCCGCUGUGACAAUGGUCGGCACCAUCUACGGUGCGGGAUUGAAGACGCAGCAAGAGUUCAAGGCUGAGAAGCAGCAAAUCGUCGAGUCAACGCCCGAAGAUAGAAUAAGAGAUCUUGAAACACGGAGAGCUAUCUUGAUGACCUUCAAGAUGCCCCUGGACCGUAAGCUGAAGGCACUGCAGGAUAGGAUGAGGGCCCAGGAGGCUGAGGCGAAAGCUAAGGCAGAAGCUCAGCAAAUGCGACAGGAGAAUGAGUCGAAAUGAGAGCAAUACAUUUGUCCAAGCCAAGUGAACGCAGGAUAUCAGACGUGCCAACACAGCACGCCCGGGAGCAGGACAACGCCUCGAUGAUGUAUUCGAAAGGCCGACAACGGCAGCCCGAGAAGUAACCAGGGCAUUAUGACUUGUGCGUAAUGCUUGUUCCGAGCAGCAAUACAGCUACGGAAUGUAACCGUGGAGUCAUUCAUGACUUUCGGCAACCCUAGACCUACCUCUAGUAAGUGGUCACAGCUAUGGGUGGAAAAUGCCUGAGCGAUGAAAUCAGAUAGAUACAUAUGCAUGAACACCAGCCAAUGUAGGCAUAAUGAGGUUCCAAAAGCCCUCCAUGUAUAUAUAUACGUUGUAUAUCAACACUGCAGGACAGACCGUCCACAAUAUAACCUACCAAA